AUGACCUUCCUUCGCUCUCCCCAAGGGCGUGCUGUCGCUACCAUCAUUGUACUUGUUUUCUUCAUCGCAGUAUUACACAACAAUGCAGAGGAGCAAUCAUAUUUGCCCUCAUUUCCCCUGCCACAGCGGACAGCGGGCCGCAAAUUUGCGGGAUUGAAAGAGCGAAUGGCUCUAUCAGAAUCGGCGUGGCGGAAGAGCGUACAGCUUCGAGGAAAGAUGGCAGAGGCGCACCCAACAAACCCUCAGAUUCCGCUCUUUCCUGCGCAAUCUCUCAACGAGUUCGGAAAAUACCCAUACACACUGUGGGACUUCUUUCCGCCAACAUGGACAUGUCCACACGACGUGCAGCGCGUCGGGAGACUGGGCGAUGGAGGAAAGUGGGUGUGCGGAAUGAGCGUCUACGAGUCGGUUCCCAUACCCAAGACCUGGAUGAGCGGCGUACCGACCGGCGGCCAGGAAGGAGUCGUCAUUUACAGCUUCGGCAUCAACGGCGAGUCAUCAUUCGAGGCGGAGAUGUUCGAGCGUAUUCCCAGUGCGCGCAUCUGGGGAUACGACUUCACCGUCGAAGCGUGGGGCAAGCAGAUCGCAGCAAAGUACAACGACCGAGCUUUCUUCAAGAAAGUCGGCAUCGGAAAGACGGACGAGCCUGCCAAGUCGCCGCCUUUCUACACGCUCCAGACCCUCAUGGCGCAGAACAACCACACCUACAUGGAUAUCCUGAAGAUCGACGUUGAGGGUUCGGAAUACAUUUCAUUCGACUCUGUGAUGGACUACUUUACCUCCGCGUGGAGGGGCAACGGCGAUGCCGUCCUACCCAUCGGCCAGAUCAUGAUUGAGAUCCACGUCGGUGAUGACCAGAAGGGCAUCGAUUUCAAGAGGUUCCGGAACUGGUGGGAGCGCCUGGAGUCCAUGGGCAUGCGGCCCACGUGGAUGGAGGUCAACCUCAUGGCCAUGACAAUCCCGGAUCGCAAGACGGAUCCGAGAUGCACCGAGUACGUCUUGGUGAAUGCGCGCGACGAAAACAGCGUGCUUUGGCAGGAGUAG